UUUUUUUGCAGUUUACGCGCGGGCAUCUGUAACGGAAGGUUGUUGUACUGAUCCAAGCUAGACAAAGAUGGCAGGAGGCAAAGCAGGUAAAGAUUCCGGAAAGGCGAAGGCAAAGGCCGUUUCACGGUCAGCGAGGGCCGGUCUCCAGUUUCCAGUCGGUCGUAUUCACAGGCAUUUGAAGAACCGAACGACCAGCCAUGGCCGUGUUGGUGCAACCGCUGCUGUUUACUCUGCCGCUAUUCUGGAAUAUUUGACCGCUGAGGUAUUAGAGUUGGCGGGAAAUGCAAGCAAAGAUCUGAAAGUCAAACGUAUCACACCCCGUCAUUUACAACUGGCCAUCAGGGGAGACGAAGAGUUGGAUUCGCUCAUCAAGGCAACAAUCGCUGGUGGUGGUGUCAUCCCCCAUAUCCACAAGAGUUUGAUCGGCAAGAAGGGAUCGCAGAAAGCAACAUAGACUCAACCUUCAUCAGCACUAUACAUCAUGCCAUCUACAACCUCACAAUUGAACGUCGCCGUUGUGGGUGACCCCCCUUCGACUGCCAUCAUGGCCUGGGUCAACCGUUGGCAGGCACCGACCAAACGGAUCCUGUUGACUUUUUAACCGUGUUCGUUGUAUGUUCCAUUUGUUUUGUAGUCUUGGUUCCUAUAUUAUCUCAAGAAGUUCGAUAUAUCAGUCAUUAUUUCUUCAGAUAAAUUUGUUGAAUUUUAAUUUUUUUGUUUAAAAUUUUUGUCUCAAUUAUUAUUAUUAUUAUUAUUUUUUUUUGACGUAGGAUUUAUAGGACUUUGUGAGAGUUUUUAUUUAAUGUACAUGAGUGAUGUUGAGAAAACAACGUGGGUUUGGCGGGCCCAGUGAAAACGGCCAAAUUGUAAAUAUCGUAAAAACCAAACCUCUCCAAAGUAGCCUGUGGGUUAGUGAGACACUAUUUACACGACAAAUGUGUGGCAGUUAGCAGGAUAUACUUUUCAAUUACUGUUUUUAGUCAGUUUCUCUCGGGGGUGGGGGGGGGGGCACUGUGGGCUCUUUGUCACUUAGUGGGUUUACAUCGCACUGGUUCGCAAUGUGGGACAGUGUUGUGUGGCCCUCUUGUAAUUUUUACACGCCCACAAAAUACGUAGGUAGUGAUUUUUAAAAAAUGUCAAUGUAAUUUAGCUUUCAAUGUCUACAUGGGGGGUACUAACAGCCAAGUGAUUCAGGCCUGAAAAAUUUUGUUCGGAAGAUUUGAAAUAAAUUAUUAAUUCUGGUUGCACAUGCAUUCCUUUUUAUAAUAAACCCUUAAAUUGUUCAUGAUGGAAGUUGUAUUCUUGUGUACUCUCCAUAAGAAAGUAUCACAUUUUAACAAAAUUAACAUGUCGUCAGUUAAUGCAGUUCAUUUCGAACGACAAAACUGUUCCAUUUUGCACGACGUUAUUUGGCAAAACAUCUUUUGAACAUGAAAUGCGUUGCUGAAUCCACAGAAAGCGGUGUGUGUUUUCAUGAAAUCUGAUUUACUCCCCCAUAAUACAUUGUUUUACUGCAAGUGAUUUUUUGUAUUUGUUUACUUUUAGAGUAGAUUGUGAUUUUUUGAGUGGGAAAUAAUAACAUUACUGGAGGGUUCUCCGUUUUAUACAAAGAAA